AUGAAUACCAGUGGUGAUGAAGAAAGGCGCUCUAGUGCGGGUUUUAAUGUGCAACCGACGCACCAGCUACAAAAUGGUUCUGGAGAACCAUCAGUGCAGCAACCUCCAUUACAAACGCCGCCAUCGGUGUCGAUGGAUAGUUCGUCGAUGAUGCAGAUCUUGAAAUUAAUGCAGCAACAAAUGGCGCAGCAGCAGAACAUUUUGGCGCAGUUAAUGCAGCAGCAAGGGUCAGGCCAAAGUUCAUCCACAACACCGGAACAAAUCUUGGAUUCGUUGUGCAGCCACAUUAAAGAAUUUAAAUACGAUGCUGAGGCUGGAACGACAUUUGCCGCAUGGUACAACCGCUAUGAGGACCUGUUCGAAAGAGAUGCUGCCCGGUUGAGCGACGAAGCAAAAGUGCGCCUUCUCAUGCGCAAGCUAGGAACUCUUGAACAUGACCGGUAUGUAAAUUUUAUCUUGCCAAAGUUCUCACGAGAUUUUUCAUUACCAGAGACGGUCGCAAAGCUGACAGAUUUGUUCGGAACUAAGGAGUCCCUGUUACAUCGACGGUUCAAAUGCUUAAAUACGGUGAAGGGGAAGACGGAAGAUUAUCUAGCGUACGCAUGUCGCGUCAACCGGGGUGUAGUCAACUUUGAGUUAGGCAAGUUGACGGAGGAACAGCUUAAAUGCCUUGUAUUUGUUUGCGGGUUGAAAGAUGAUAAGGAUGUGGAAAUUCGUCAAAGACUCUCGACACCGCUUCUGACAUAUCAGUCAUUGGCAAAAAUACCUGGAAACUAA